AUGUGGAGGGGGCAGGCGACCCCCGGGAUGGCCAGGGAGCACACGAAGAUGGGGAAUCUCUGGGUCCUCGCCCGUGCCGUCCGCCGCCGCCUCGGAGCUGGCGUUCAGGCGCUGGCGCUCCGCCGCCUCGGCCCCGAAGUGCCGCAGCAGGAUACGCUGCAGCUUCUUGUUGACGGCGAUCUGCUGACCGCCGUGGCUGCCGAAAGCGUCGCCCGCGGCGGCCGCGCGGGCGUUCAGCCAGCACAGGUACGCCGAGAGGUCCACGCGGCACAUCGGGCACGCGGGGCUGGUGUCGAAGGCGUGGUCCAGGAGCCGGGCGAGGCAGGGCCUGCAGAACGUGUGGCCGCAGGGCACCGUGGCCGGCUCGAACAGCAGGCCCACGCAGAGGGCGCACUCCUCGGGCGCGCGGCCCCUCGCCUCAGCGCUCGAGCCCUGCAACUCCAACUGCAGGCCGCCGCACGCCGCGCUGGCACCCUCCGCCUCGCCAGGCGCCAGCGCGUGCUCCGCAGGCCAGAGGCCCGGGCAGUGGCCACGCCGCAGCCAGCCCUCCACCGCCUCCGCGGGCCGAGCGUCCUCGGCCUCCGGCGCGGCCAGCAGCCUGCCCACCGCCCCCGCGAGCCGGGCGCGGGGCUCGGGGCCUGA